UUUAGAACCGCCGAUGCAGCAAGCGCGACGCCAGCUCAAGCGCCUCAGCGGCGUCGUCGUCGCCACGCGCAACAAGCUCAUCAAGCAGCGCAAGCGAGGCGAGUCGAUGCGCAAGUGGGUCGGCCGCAACUUGGACAACUCGCGCCUCGCAGCGAUCCUCGACCUCUACCAAGUGCUCCUCGGGGUGAUUGUGACGGGCAUGUACAGCCUCCGUAACUGGAAUGCAUGGGACACGUCGCUCGACUCGAUGACGACGCGGUACAUCCAAGCCUUCUUUGGCACGGUCUUUCUCUUUGACUAUUUACUGCGGCUCUAUGCGGCCGACAACCGCAAAGCGCACGUCCUCGCGCCGCUCGCGAUUAUGGAUUUUCUGGCGAUUUUACCCCAAUUUAUCGAGCUCCUCGUGCCCGACAGCUUUAGCCGCGACCACUAUCUGUGGGUGACUGCGAUCAAGACAUUUCGACCGUUCCGAUGCCUUUGCUGCUUUCGACUGCUCGUGUUUGCUACGACCGCGCGGCAGCGAGAGACGUUUGUGCUCUUUAGCGCCGUCAUUUGCAUCAUCAUUUGCUUUGGCUCGAUGCAACAGGCCAUCGAGGCGUGUCCUGCGUCAACCGCGCGGCUAUGUUUCGUCUUGGCCAACAAGCUCUCGCCGGACGCCGACCAGAGCGACACAGCGUGCAACUUUAUCACCAUCUCGCUCCGGCACUUCAACAAACACGUCCCCAUUUUCGUCCAAGUGCUAAAGUCGGACAACAUUGGUCACUUGCACCUCUCGGGCGCCAACAACGUCCUCUGCGUGGACCAGUUGAAGCUGGCCAUUCUCGCCAAGUCGUGCUUGAUGCCGGGUACGGCGGCGCUCAUUUGCAGCAUCCUCUUUACGUUUCGCCCAGCGGUCGGUCUUCGGUGCGCGCAUGUUUGA